GAAACGGCACCCCGACGCGUAAGCAGUUCUCUCUUCUAGGAUAAAUAUAACACGCAUUACAUAGUCCGACAGACAGCAACAACAACAAGGUAUGGCCUGUGCAAACGCUCCCUGGUCUGAAGAGAACUUGUCAUGUUCUAUCUGCCUGGAUGUGUUCAGCAGUCCAGUUUCCACUCCAUGUGGACACAACUUCUGCAGAACCUGUAUUACAAAGUACUGGGAUGAACAAGUCAAGUACAAAUGUCCCGUUUGUAACGAGCUUUUCAACACAAGACCUGAUUUACGGGUCAAUAUCCUCUUUUCAGAGAUGGUUGAUCGGUUUGGACCGUCCGUACGAGUAAAAGAGCAGCCUUUUGUUGAACCAGCAGAAGUUCCCUGUGACGUCUGUACUGAAGAGAGACUGAAAUCCACAGAGAAACAAGCUGAAGGCCUCAUCAAAGAUCUGGAGCAGGAAAUAGAAGAUCUGACCAAUAGAAGCUCAGAGGUGAAGCAGCUCUCACACACUAAAGACCAUCUCCACUUCCUCCAGGCCUUCAGAUCCCUGAAGGAUCCUCCACACACCAGGGACUGGACGACGGUGGAGGUCCGUCCUCCGUCGUACAUAGGGACCUUGAGGAGAUCCCUGGAUCAGCUGGAGGAGACACUGAACAUGGAGAUGAAGAAGCUGCGUGAUGCUGAACUGAAGAGGGUCCAGCAGUAUGAAGUAGAUGUGACUCUGGAUCCUGAUACAGCUCUUCCCAGUCUCAUCCUGUCUGAGGAUGGGAAACAAGUACAUCAUGGAGAUGUAGUGAAGAAACUCCCAGGCAACCCUAAGAGAUUUACACUGCGUAAAUAUGUUCUCACGAGGCAGAGCUUCUCCUCAGGGAGAUUUUACUUUGAGGUCCAGGUUAAGGACAAGACUGCAUGGUGUGUAGGAGUGGCCAGAGAGUCCAUCCACAGAAUAGGUGAGAUCAUAGAGACCCCUGAGACGGGUUACUGGAUUCUUUACUACGGCAAGGGUGUGUUGGUAUUUAAUGAUGCCCCCGAUGUCCAUCUACCUCUGAGAGCUGAGCUCCAGAAGGUGGGGGUGUUUGUUGAUUAUGAUGAGGGUCUGGUCUCCUUCUAUGAUGUAGAAGCCAGGGUUCAUAUCUACUCUGCUACUGCCUGCACCUUUAGUGAGCCUCUCUAUCCAAUCCUCAAUCCAUGCACAAAUCAUGGUGGUAAAAACUCUGCCCCCCUGAUCAUCUCACCUGUCAAUCAAACAGACUAGGGCCUUUGUUUGAUAAUAAAAUAAUCAAACAACCAAAACAACUAAAGCAUGUUUCCUGAAUAAGAAUCUCUACUAUGUGAGAUCUGAGAGAACUGCAUUGUUGUUGAACUGUUCACUUUCACUUAACAAGGAUCAAUUCAAUAAUAUAAUAAUAACCCAUACUUUUAUUACAUAUAAGUUAUAACCCAUGAUUACAUAACAUAUACUUAAUUGAUCAAUGUCUGAUUUACAGAAUGUUCUUAUACCUUUACAAAUAUCAAAUUGUAAAUGUUAGAAGCAAUUAGAAAAUGUUGAAAAGGUCUUGUUUUAAAAAAAAGGUUUUUAUAUGUUUACAUUUCUCAAUUAUGAAUGAAACAGUCAAAUGUAUGAGAUUUUUAUUUAAAUAAAAAAUUUACAAAAAGUA